AUGCCGCGUCAAUUGAAUGAUAUGUUUGCGGAUUCACUACCGAUGGACGUCUUGACGGACAGCGAAGACAAUGGCGAUUACAAUUCAGAUGAGAUCAACUCGGAUGUGGAGGUAGCCCUCUAUGGCGCUAUACACCACUCGUACGCCACAGAUGGCCACGAGUUGACCGCCGAUGAAGACAAUGCCCGAACCGAAAGCGUGUCCAAAGACAGUCCGAUGGCUGGGAAACAGCGAUUACAGCCGCAGACCAACGAAAGCCAAUCCAAGACUCCGUUAAAUAAUUUAUUUCGACUUUUGGACCACAAACUGGAUGUGAGUGACGACGAGAUGGACAAAGACUUUGUAUUCAACGACAAUACAAAUGAAAUCGAUUUGAUUGAAAUCAACGACUCGUCCGACGACUCGGAUAUCGUUGUCGUCGAAGACAAGUCAUUGGACCGCAAAAAGAGAGAGAAACGAAGUGUCAAACGGAACCACUCGUCGGCCUCUUUGUCGUCGACCCCUAGAGUGCAGACAAACAUAUCGUUAGGAAAUGUGGAUAAUCUAAAUGAGACGACUUUAUCGGCCAUUUCAGCGAUGGAUCAGUUCUAUAACGAAGACAACUACGACAGCGCCGAAGAGGAGCGCAGUUUUAACGCCAUGAGUAACAAUAGAAAUGACUGGAAGAUCGGCUACAGUGACAGCUUUGUGUCCACUAAUAAGUCCAAUAGAUAUUAUAAAAGGGACACAUGGCUCGAGACUGCCCUCUCCCUAAGAAAGUUCCAGUCUGUCAUCUAUGCGGUCGUUGUGGUCAUCGGUUCGAAAGGUGUCCAUCGAUUUUGUGCUCCAAAUGUCUCAGUUCUGCUCAUAAGACAAUUUAUUGCAAGACGGCCCAAAGAGGAAGAGAACAUCAUUUGCUGCGAGAGACUAAUAGCACUCAAUGAAUGCCGUUCGCAGGGAAUGUCCAAACAUAUGACUCCUAUGAUUUCGAUUUGUGUCAUACCAUCGCCACAACCACUUCAGGCACUCCUCACACCAUCAGUGCCUCAACUCCUGGCAGUUCUGGCCAUACAGUCGAUCGUAAGGGCUGUAUUUACUGAGGUUAAGAUCAAAUCCAUAAUGAUCAUUACGGUCAGUAUCGAGAGUAUCGUGAGGAUAGCGGUCUUUACCAGCCAAAAAUUGGGAGGGAAGAAGAGUAUCGCACAC